AUGGCCGCGGGGAGCUGCACGCCCGAGCGGCGCGACGCAUCUCGCUCGCGCAACCCGCCGCUCCCUCUCCGCUCCCACCAUGCGAUGCGCUUCGAUUUGGCGCCCGAGCGGCUACGCCCCCCUCGGCCUCACAUUUCCUGCCACCUCCCGAACUCGAUCAACAUGCUCGACAAGCUCAAACGCGAGCUGGUGCCGGCCGCCGGUGACAAGCUCGUGCUCAAGCUCUCUCCUCCGCCGCCGCCGCUUGCUGACAAGCAGGCUUGUGCUUGCGCGCACGUGACAAUGCGCUCCCACCUGCAAGACGCGUGCGGCGUCAAGGACGACGUCAAGGCCGCGCCCAAGCCCGCAGUGGACACGGCCAAGCCCGACGGCGAUGUGGACGAGAUCUACUUGUCGUCGCCGCCGUCGCACCUCGGAGCCGAGGCGUGCGGCAUCAAGUCCGCCGCCGCCGAGGAGCUCGCCGCCAAGUCCGCCGCCGCCGAGGAGGACGCCGAGUCGGCCACCGAGGAGGCGACCGCCGAGGAGGCGGCCACCAAGAAGGCGACCACCGAGGAGGCCGCCGCCAAGUCCGCCACCGAGGAGGAGUCCGAGGAGGCAGCCACCGAGGAGGCCGCCGCCGAGGAGUCCGCCACUGAGGCCGUCGUCGCCGAGGAGUCCGCCACCAAGUCUGCCGCAGCCGAGGAGUCCUCCGCCACCAAGUCCGCCGCCGCCGAGGAGUCCGACAACAAGUCUGCUGCCGCCGAGGAGUCCGCCACCAAGUCCGCCGCCGAGGAGUCCGCCACCAAGUCCGCCGCCGCCGAGGAGUCCUCCGCCACCAACGUGUGGGCCGGCAAGAUCACCGGGAUGUUCUUGGAGAACGACAUCCAAGAUCUGCAGGAGAUGCUGUGCGUGUCCGACAACUCCAAGGCGGCGGCCCUCCUCGUCGAGCGCGUUUGGCAGGCGCUGGGUGUCCUCGCGCAAGCCUUCUCCUUGGAGAGCCCCUGCUACCAGGACGACGAGACACCGGCGUCGGCCAAGACGUUCCCGGAGGAGACGGCUUCGGCGGGCAUCGACGAGUGGACGACCCCCUCCCCGCUCCGCAAGAUCGAGCGCAAGGGCGAGCCCAGCCUGGUCGACUGCUCCAAGAACACCACUCCGAUGGACCCACCGACGGCCCCCAACGGCGUCACCAAAAGUGCCCCGGCUCUCACGCCGGCGGCGACCGGCGGCGCGCCGCUGCCGUCGAGCGAGGAGUUUCCGGGCGACGCCGACUGGCCCGUCUCGGCCAAGGAAUUUCCGGGGGGUAUCUCCGACCGGACAACCCCGUCGAACCCGCGCCGCAAGAAGGGGCGCAAGGGCGCAUCCGCCCCGAUCGUCCGCACCAAGAGCAUCACCCCGGUCGGCGGCAAGAACAGGUUCGGGGCCCUGCUCGGAACGGACGGCAACGAGGGCAUCCUCGGUGGCACCGGCAAGGUGACCGGCGGCUCCACGCCGCCGACCGCAGACUCGGGCGCGACGGUCGACGUCGAGACGACCACGAAUACCACGCUCGAGGGCUCUGCCGCCGGCCGGUUCCCGUGGUCAAAGUCCUACAACUUGCUCCGCCUCUUUGGCAUCCUCGCGCUGAUCUGCCUCGGAGCCGCGUUUGCGCACUCCUCGUACUCUGCCACUUCCGCGCUUCUCUCCUCGCAGCGGCACGACUCCCCGUGGCCGACAUCGCCUCCCGCAACCGUCGCAAAGCCGUUCACGCCGGCAUCGCCCAACGGCUUCUGCGAGGUUGGCGGCAACGACACCAGCUCGUUUGCAGCCAUCGUGUCAUCGGACAGCGCGCCCGCCAACCACCCGGGCGGGCACGAGGACGGGAGCUCGUGGGAAGCACUGAUGGAAGCGAUCAAAGAGGCGGUGGGCGAGCCGUUGCACCUGAUUGGCGAGCCGCCGGCGUCCGUCAAGGACCUUUACGAGAAGCAGCCGGUUGAGGCCGAUUUGGAGACCGCCCCGGCCUCGCGCAACAGCAUGGAGCGCAAGGGCGAGCCCGAGAUCGACUCUAUCGGUCCCGUCUACAGCAGCAGAUCGGGGAUCAUCGUUCGCGAAACCGUCCUGCCCGUGAACGGCACGUUGCCCGAGAUGCGGUCCGCCGACGCUGGGAACACGCCCGAGAAGCUGGUUGAGACUGGCCUCGGCGCGCCCGUCUCUAGCAUGCACGCCGGCGGCGAGUGGCGGGUGAACAGAUUGGCGACCGCUUCUCCAGCCACAACCAAGGAUCUCUUCCUCCAGCUUGGCCGGGCCAUCGACCCUCUUCUCGCGGAGCCGGCAUGGCCUGCAGAGGUCCGUGCCGCUCAGAUCUCCGAUUCGAACUCGGUCCAGUCCGAUAUCUCCUCCGUCUCACGUGUGUGCGCCGACCGGCAGCCACGCUGCGCCGCCCCCGUUGCGUGGCAUGCGGAGCCUCACCACGCACUCACCGACGAGCGCUGCAAGACCGACAAGCCGCCCGCGAACCCGCCGGUCGACAAGCUCUCCAUCGACCUGCCCUCCCCGUUCCACUUUCCCUUCAUGAGCGGACCCUCCUCUUCCGCGCCUGUCCGCACCCAGCAGCGCUGUCAGUUUUGGGCCGCCUUGUUCUUGCUGCUCGGAGCGUGCGGCGGCGUGCUGCUCUCGGUGCGGAGGAGCAGCUCGGGGCGCCUCGUGCGGUGCCGGACGGGGGCGAGGCGUGGCGCGUGGCUGCUGAUUCUCGCCGCGCUGCUCCCGCUGGCAUGUGCACCAUCAGCCCACACGUCUGGCUCGGGCGACUUCCAGGUCACUGUGGGUGGCGGCAGCUACCCGUCCGAGGUGUCGUGGACCCUGACGUGCAGCGGCGCGUUGAUCGGCAGUGGAGGGGCCCCCUACUCCGGCACCCUGUCCGCGCCGCUCGGCGAGUGCACGCUCAACAUGUACGACUCGUGGGGCGACGGCUGGAGCGGCAACUUGUGGGAGGGUGCGGGCUAUACGUUCACGCUCUACGCCGGAUCCUACGGCAGCGAGACCGGUGCGGUCUCGAUCAUCGACUCAGAUGUGUCGGACUGCUCUGCUGGCAAUGACGGCGGCGUCGUCUACGCGUAUGAUAACAGCGGUGCGGUCUCGAUAAUCGACUCGGCCGUGACGGGCUGCUCGGCUGGCUUGGACGGCGGCGUCGUCAACGCGGUGAACAGCGGUGCGGUCUCGAUAAGCGGCUCGAACGUGUCGGGCUGCUCUGCUGACCGGGAGGGCGGCGUCGUCGACGCGUUGCGCAGCGGUGCGGUCUCGAUCAUCAACUCGGAUGUGUCGGACUGCUCUGCUGACAACGUCGGCGGCGUCGUCUACGCGGAGGACAGCGAGUCCCUCUCCAUCGCGGGUGUCGACUUCAUCGACAACAGAGCGGCGAUCUCAGGCUCGGUGCUGUACCUGGACGAACUCCGCCAACGCUCCUCGAUCAGCGACGCCUCCUUCACCGGCAACACCGCUGGCGACGACAACGACGGUGCCACGAUACAGGCCAUCAACUCGCCGAUAGACUUGACCUGCCGCUUGGGCAGCUGGAUGCCGCGCAAGGGCACCUUCUUUGGCGACUUCAGCUGCCGCGCCUUUGGAGGGGAUGGCCAGGCGGGCCAGGCGCGGUGUGUCGGCAAUGUUGAUCCGGGAGAGGCUAGCGGUCGGAGGGUGCAGGAGGCCGGUUUGGACUACUGCGCAGACGCCUUCGCCGGCCCCGAGUGCCAGCUCUGCCGCGAGCCGAACCACUACCUGGACGCCGACGGCGCCGCCUGCAACGAGUGCGUCGCUGUCGGCACGGCGGCGGGGCGCAUGGCGGGCACCGCCCUCGGCCUCUGCGUCGCGUUUGGCCUCGUGGCGUUGGCGUACUCAGUUCAGCGCGGGCAAACCGAAUGGAGGAAGGAGCGCUUCAUCGGACUUCCCUUGCGCAUCGCCGACCGCACCGGCGACGCGAUUUACAAAAUCGGCCUCAUCCCCAAGUUCAAGAUCUUGUUUGGCUUCUACCAGGUCUGCCUCGUCCUCUCCACCACCUACUCGGCGCGGCUGCCGGAACGGUACACGGGCUGGACGGAGGCGCUGGCCGAAGCCGUCUUCAUCGACUGGUCGGGCAUCGUGCUGCCGGUGCAGUGCCUGCCGCACAAGUCCCGGCUCGUCGCCGUCGCGAUCUCUCCCAUCGGCGUCAUCGCCCUGCUCCUCUUUGCUGGCAUUGUCUUGCGGCUCUGUGCUCGCUGGCGGCGUGCUCGGCGAGGGGCUGCGGAGCCACCGACGGCGCUGGCCGAAACUGACGAUGCGGCGGUCUUUUCAUGGCCUGCAGAGGUGGCGCUCGGCCUCCUCGACCUCACGCCGGCGGGUCUCGUGCUCAUCUUUCUCUUCGUGCCGUCUGUGAGCGCCACGAUCUUGCGCGCGUGGUCGUGCCAG